AUGAAGUGCCUUCUCCUGCUCUUGCUUUUGCCGACGGGACCGACGGCCUCCCAGCAGAGAGGUCUGUUCCCAGCCAUUUUGAACUUGGCCAGUAACGCAGACAUUAGCAGCAACGCCACAUGCGGAGACCCGGAAGCAGAGGUUUACUGCAAAUUGGUGGAACACGUUCCCGGACGCUUAAUCAAGAACCCUCACUGUCCCAAAUGUGACGCCAACUCCAUUCUAUCCAAAGAACGCCAUCCCAUCACAAACGCUAUCGACGGAACCAACCGAUGGUGGCAGAGUCCGAGCAUCAAAAACGGCCGGCGCUUCCAUUGGGUUACCGUCACGCUGGAUCUGAAACAGAUCUUUCAAGUGGCCUACAUCAUUAUCAAGGCGGCAAACUCUCCUCGACCGGGUAACUGGAUUCUGGAGCGUUCCGUGGACGGCGUGACCUUCCGACCGUGGCAGUUUUACGCCAUCAGCGACUCCGAGUGCUUGUCUCGCUACAACGUCGCGCCCAGACUGGGACCCCCGACCUACAAAAGCGACACGGAGGUCAUCUGCACGUCCUACUAUUCCAGGCUGGAGCCUCUGGAGCACGGAGAGAUCCACACGUCGCUAAUCAACAGUCGACCCGGCGCGGACGAUUUGACUUCCGAACUCUUGAACUUCACCUCGGCCCGUUUCAUCCGACUCCGGUUACAGCGUAUCCGUACGCUCAAUGCCGACCUCAUGACUCUGAGCGCGCGCGACCCUCGAGACAUCGACCCCAUCGUAACCCGUCGGUAUUAUUACUCCAUCAAAGAUAUUUCUGUGGGAGGGAUGUGCAUCUGCUAUGGUCACGCGCGAAGCUGUCCGCUAGACCCCAUUAGCAAGAAACUACAGUGCGUAUGUGAACACAACACAUGCGGAAGCAGCUGCGACCACUGUUGUCCCGGCUACCGGCAGCUGCCGUGGCAACCGGGAACCAUCUCAGAGGGAAACACGUGCGAAAAAUGCAACUGUCACAAGAAAGCGAGCGACUGUUUCUACAAUCAAACGGUCGCCGAUCUCGGACUGAGCCUGGACGUUCGCGGCGAUCGCCGCGGAGGCGGAGUCUGUAUCGAUUGUCAGCAGAACACGGCCGGAAUCAACUGCGAGACCUGCGCCGAGGGUUUCUACCGACCUGAGCGGGUUUCUCCCCAUGACGAGUCGCCGUGCGUGGAGUGCGGUUGCCAUCCGAGGGGCGCAGAGUCUCCCGUUUGCAUGAGAGACGACGCUUUGCCAGGCACGAACGCGGGUCAGUGCGCGUGUAAAAAGGGCUUCGCCGGACGCCGGUGCGACCGUUGCGCUUUUGGAUUCCGAGAUUUUCCUCUUUGCGUUCGCUGCGAGUGCGACCUGGCCGGCAGCGUCAACGGCGACCCGUGCGAGGACUGCGUUUGCAAAGCCAACGUGAUGGGGGUGCACUGCGACCUGUGCAAAGCCGGAUUCUACAACCUGCGGGCCGCCGAUCCGCUGGGCUGCACCGACUGCUUCUGCUUCGGCGUGUCCGACGUUUGCGAAAGCUCCGCGUGGUCCACCGCGCAGUUGGUUUCCACAAACGCUAGACUCCGUCCUUCCACCCCGGCCAAUGAGCUUCCGGCGUCUGGCGACGCCUCCUCGGUCGGACGCCGUCAAGAACAUGAGCUGUCGUGGGAAGCGGCCGACGCUUUCCUAGGCAACAAGCUUUCGUCCUACGGCGGCCUUCUGAACUAUUCGCUAGCGUACCGAGGCUCACUGGACGACAAGCAACAUUUUGUCCCCGUCCACACCGACGUCAUCAUUCAGGGCGACGGGCGAACGCUCCGCCUCUCGGCGCUUCGCGCGCUCCUUCUCUCGCCGUCGGCCCGGCGCUCCGUAGCCGUCGAAAUGCUCCCGCGCCAUUUUGUAGAGGAACAAACGGGCGCGGCAGUUAGCCGUGACGACCUGUUGUCCGUCCUCGCUGAGGUGACCUCCCUGAAGAUCAAAGUUCACGCGAACGCCUCCGCCGGCGAAGCCGUGAGCCUCGUCUCGGUGUCCCUGGACGUGGCCGACUCCCGGGCCGCUUCCGGCGUCCGGGCGGUCGCCGUGGAGACCUGCCAAUGUCCCUGGGGUUACGGCGGUACUUCGUGUGAGUCAUGCCUCCCAGGUUUUUACAGGCUCGGCGGAGUUUUGUUCGGAGGAAAUUGCAUGCAGUGCGAAUGCCACGACCACGCUUCCGAGUGUGACGUCAACGGCGUUUGUCUGGGUUGCGGCCAUCACACCACCGGCCCGCAUUGCGAACAGUGUCUCCCCGGUUUCUACGGCGACGCCACCGAGGGCACGGAGGACGACUGUCGGCGUUGCGCGUGUCCUCUGACGGAGCCGUCCAACAGUUUCAGUCCCACGUGCGUGCUGGACUCCUUUGGAACGGUGACGUGUGACCAGUGUCAGGAAGGAUACACCGGCAGCAAGUGCCAGAAGUGCUCCGGCGGUUUCUACGGUAACCCGCAAGUAGUGGGCGGGACUUGCGUACGCUGCCAAUGUAAUGGCAACGUGAACGCCGAAGACGAGGGGCAUUGCGACGCCGCGAGCGGGGAGUGUCUACUUUGUCUUCGCAACACGGCCGGGAGGCGCUGCGAGAUCUGCGCUGCCGGUUUCUUCGGAGAUGCCGUGCACCUAAAGAACUGCCGAGAAUGCGAGUGUGACAUCAACGGAUCUCUGUCGAGCAUCUGCGACGUCACGUCGGGUCAAUGCGCGUGUCGAGAUAACGUGACGGGACGGGCGUGCGACCGCUGCCAGCUGGGCUUCUUCGGAUUGCGGAGCGCCUCGGGCUGCGCGGCCUGCGAUUGCGACCCGUCGGGAUCUCUGGAGGAGACAUGCGACGACGACGGACGCUGCCGAUGCGCGGAGGGCGUGGACGGAGAGAAAUGCGACCGCUGCGGCCGCGGAUACUUUGGUUUCCGUGCAGACGGCUGCACAGCGUGCGACUGCAACCGCACAGGUGGGAAUUGUCACCACCAAACUGGGGAGUGCAUCUGUCCCCCCCACACGGAGGGAGACACCUGCGACACGUGCCGGGCGGGAUAUUGGGGUCACUGUCCUAUUGCUGGUUGCAAGCCUUGUGACUGCAGUGCAGAAGGAAGCUCUGCCUCUCAGUGCGAUCUGGCCAAUGGCCAGUGUCCGUGCAGAGAGGGCUUCUCCGGCAGGCGAUGCGACCUGUGCGCUCCGGGCCACUACGGUUACCCGUCGUGUUCGCCGUGCGGCUGCGACGUAGCGGGGACGCGAGAAGAAUGGUGCAACCGAACGCUCGGAACGUGCGACUGCCGACGGGCCGGGGAGUGCGUGUGCAAGGCGGCCGUGUCAGGGCGGCGCUGCGAGGAAUGCGUUCGGGGUUUCUUCGCCCUGUCCUCGGACAACCCGGACGGCUGCUCUCCGUGCUACUGUUCCGGAGUCAGUCGGGAAUGCGAGGAGCGCGCCGGCCUCGUCAGAGCUCUCAUCUCAUCUACCCGUUCUCCCGUUCUCCUGCCGAUGGUCAGCCAGUCUAACCUGGAGGCCGUGACAUCUGGAGUCUACCGGCAGGGUGGCGACACGCUGCUGGACACCAGGCAGCUCAACACCAGCGGUCCGGGCGGGCCCCUCUACUGGAGACUGCCCCCCGAGUUCGAAGGCCAGCAGCUCCUGUCUUACGGCGGCGUACUGUCCUACGUGGUGACCUAUUACGCGGACGACGCCGAAGGUUUUGCCAAUCAAGAGCCGCAAGUGCUGAUGAGGGGCGGAGCCUUAAGGAAGCUGGUCAUCUACACCGAUACGGUCGCCCCCGAUAACGGCGUCAGGACUCGGCAUGACAUCAAGCUGACCGAGCACAAGUGGAAAUAUUUUAACUCGGUGUCGGAGAAGGCGGUAAGUCACAGCGACUUCCUGUCGGUUCUCGGCGACUUGCGGUACGUCAUGGUGAAGGCUUCGUACGGGACGGGACUGCGGCAGAGCAGGAUUUCUAACAUCUCCAUGGAGACGGCGCAAGACGAACAGGAAGCCGACCGGGCCGAGACGAGCGCGGCCCGACGGAUCGAGUCGUGCUUCUGUCCGUCGGGUUACGCCGGUCUGUCCUGUCAGGAAUGCGCGCCGGGUUUCUUCCGCCAGCCGCUGUCAGAGUUGUCGCCUCAGGCCCGGAAGUCUGCUUUCCUACGUCCGUGCGUGGCGUGUCGCUGCAACAACCACAGCGCCAGCUGCCACGUGGAGAGCGGGCACUGCCAGGAUUGCCGACAUCACACCGGCGGGCCCAACUGUGAUCUGUGCGCUCCGGGUUAUUACGGGAACGUCAGCGGCUCUGUUAGCGACUGCUCGCCGUGUGCGUGCCCUCUACGGGACAACAGUUUCAGUCCGACGUGCGUGUCGGAGGGAACGCUUGGAGACUUUCGCUGCACUUCCUGUCAAACGGGAUACGAGGGGCGCUACUGCGAGCGGUGUUCUCCGGGUUACUACGGUAACUCCUCAUUGCCAGGGGGGAAGUGCACCCCGUGCGGCUGCAGCGAGCGGGGCUCCCUGCACGCGCCGUGCGACACGCUGACGGGCGGGUGCCAGUGCAAACCCGGGUUCCGAGGUUCCACGUGCGAGGAGUGUGAUGAGCGCCACGUCUUGGAGGAAAGCCAAUGCGUGUCGUGUGACGACGAUUGCGCCGGUGCUCUGCUGGACGACUUGGAGGGAAUCCACCGGCGCUGGCGGGCCUUCAACAUCAGCGUUGUUGCCAUGGCGCCCUACCGCCAACUGGUAGCGCUCAACAAGAAAACCAGGGACAUGAAGCUGAUGUUUCCGGAACGCCCUACUUUGGAGACGGUCGUCUCCAGUGUAGAAGAAGAGUCGAUGCACCUAACAUCUGACAUCGGCGCAUUGAUAGAUCAGGCUGCGAGUGCGUCACGUGACCGGGAGGCGGUCAAUGACAACUUGUCGCUCGGGAGUCGGUUGAUGGAAAAGAUCCACGUCAUUCAAGAAAAGAUUGAAGCGCUCGACACUGAGGCGGAGCAACUGAACCGGACCGCCGACGAGGCGCUAGAAGCGGCCAAUCGGACGCGCCUGCUGGACCGUGUGACCUCCCUGUUGCAAAACAUGCGAGACCUCCGGCUCGGCCCGGCCGCCGAUUCGGCACGUCGUGAGCUCGGUCUCGCAGAGUCGCUCGCGGAGUCGCUCCGACGCCGCUUCCCGGCCGGCGCUGCCGACGGGCUCCGUCCCUUGACCGGCGCCCUGGACGCUAACGUUCAAAAGCUGCGAGAAGCGCAAACACGGAUGCAAGAUGCCACUAAAGAAAAUGGUCACACACAACUUGUGCUGAACGCCACCGAGGCGCUUCUCGCGAACUAUCAGGUGACCCACCAAAAUAUCAGUGAUGCGUGGGUUUGCGUGGAGGACAUGACGGAGGCUGCUCAACAGCUGCUGAAUGACAUGCUCAACCUGACAUUGGACUUCACCAACAUUAGCGUUGCCGACACGCUGGGAAGCCAACUGGAUCAAUGGCGCCCGCCGCUGAGAACCAAAGUGGAGGCUCUGGUCGUUGGAUUGAAGAGCGGCGAUUCGCUGGAGAGGGUUUAUCGAGCGGAGAGCCACGCCCGCCUGCUUGAGAGCCACGCCCUAUCUCUGCAAAGGGUUCUGUUGCCCAUUAACAGCGAUAAAGGAGUAUAUUCCCGUUUUAGCUAUCUAUCAUUGGCGCGGAACGCUUCAGAGAAGAGCAGCCGAUCCGCGGCACCGGAAGCCGACGUCGCGGAGGCCGUCGAGUUGGCCCGGCGAAUCGCCUCGGACGCCGUCCGCUCUGCCGACGUCGCUCUCGACCAGACCGACCGACGGGAGCUUUCGGCGGAGGGCGGUGCCAGACCGAGCGAGAUAUCCGCCGCUCUCGACGAAACUCGUGCGAUCGACCGGACAAACCGAGACUCGCUGACAAAGGUCUCGGCGGUCACCGGCAGACUGCAGAUGCUGAGAGCGCGCGUGGCGAAUACCGGCGUCCUCCUCCGUCGGCCGAUCGCGGAGCUGCAGAACCUCUCCGACGGUAAGACUCGACAGCAAACGCAGGAGGCCCGAUCGGAGGCCGCGCUGGCUCACUCCAGUCUGCGGGAGGCGUUGGAGCACUUGUCCACGCUCAGGGAGCAGUUGCGCGAUUCUUCUUACGUGGUGGAAAAAACCAACCUGAGCACGGCAGAGGCCAACCAGCUGAUGACGCGUACGCAUUUGGCAGCAAACGAAGCGCGGCGUCAAUUGGAAGAGGCGGAGCUUCGCACGCGGCAUUUGAGUGACAAAAUCAAGCCCUUGAGCUUGCUGGGAGAGAGUCUGAGCAGGAACCUGUCCGACAUCCGGGAGCUCAUCUAUCAGGCCAGGAGACAAGCGGCGUCCAUUAAGGUGGCGGUGCAAGCAGAUGGCGACUGCGUCACAUUUUACCGACCCCAAAUUCAGUCCGGCAACUUCAACACCUUGACGUUGACGUUGAAGACCAAAAGUCCCGACAACCUGCUCUUUUACAUGGGCAGCAAGACUUCGGUGGAGUUCCUCGCCGUGGAGAUGAACGACGGGAAAGUUUCUUUACUCUGGGACGUCGGAUCAGGCGGCGCCAGGCUGGAGUAUCCGGGACAGGACAUCGCUAACAACAAAUGGACAACAAUCAAUGCCACACGGUUGGGCGCUCGGGGGUUCCUAUCCGUACACCAGCUGGAAGCGACGCCGUCACAGACGGUGACGGCGACCUCGCCCGGACAGGCCCGCGUUCUACACGUGGGCAAUGACACGGUCGUCCACAUCGGAGGACUGGCGGAUGACUCCCAGAAGCCGGCGGCGUUGCGUCGGUCGACGUUUCGGGGCUGUUUGGGCGAAGCGUCGCUCAACGAGAAGAACAUCGGCUUGUGGAACUACGUCAACAGACAAGGACGGUGCGGAGGGUGCUUCAGCGGUCCACAGGCGGAGGAGACGGCUUUCCAUUUUGACGGUUCCGGAUUCUCCGUGGUCCAAAAGUCUCUGCGAGCCACGUCCACUUCCGUCGUCUUGCUGUUUAAAACUCUGUCGCCGAGCGGCUUGCUCUUGUACCUGGCCUCCAACAACACUAGGGACUUCCUGUCCAUUGAGCUAGUGGAGGGCUGCGUGCGUCUGACCUAUGACCUCGGGUCCGGUCCUCUGGUCUUAACAUCCGGCAGGAAGUACAACACGGGCGUGUGGUACAAGGUCACGCUGCAAAGGAACCGACGCAAAGGUUACCUGUUGGUCAAUCCGGCUGACCAAUCUUCAGAUAAAGAGAUGUUGGAGGCGGAAUCGCCCGGAACCGCCUCCGAUCUCAACCGUUUCGACCUGGACCCCAUCUACAUUGGCGGACUGCCCGCUUCCCGACCGAUCAGACGACAAGUGAUCUCCAGGUCCUACAUCGGCUGCAUCAAGAACGUCGAGAUCGCCAGGCUGAACUUUGACCUGCUGAGGGAUGCCUACGGAGUGAGAAAGGGCUGCGUUCUUGAGGCGGUGCGAAGCGUAUCGCUUUUAAACGGCGGUUACGUUCAGAUCGCUCCUCCUUCAUUGGAGCAGGAAGCGGAGAUUCUCUUCUCCUUCAAAUCUAACAACCAGUCAGGAAUCCUGUUGGCCGCCUUGACCGAAAAGCCUUCGCAGCGUCGGCACUUUCUGUCCGUCCACCUGCUCGCCGGGUCUUUGCAAGCGGAGCUCGGGGAGGUCGGCGCAGAGGGCCGUCGGGCAGCGGUGCCGGCCGGAGGCGGAUCCUUCGCCGACGGAUCGAGACACUCGGUCGUCCUUCACUUCAAUAGGAAGUCGUUUUCCCUUCAAGUUGACGAAGGAAACGUUAAAUGGGCCACGCUGUCACCGGGCGGAUUGUCCCGCCUCUCCGUCGCCUCUUUUUUCAUUGGGGGACUGCCUUCGGGGGAGGAGUCGCAUUUGCCAGUCCGAUUACACAAGAUAGCCAAGUCGUUCAGAGGAUGCGUACAGCACCUGGUGCUCGGCGACCGGUUUAUCGACCUGUCGGCGGCUAUAAAGUAUGAGGGGGCGGUCCUUGACCGCUGCCUACUGGAAGAGAAAGUCACAGGGGCUUUGCUCCCCGAAGAUCUGGACGCGGAACCCACCCUUGAUCCUUCCCGCCUGUCGGCGGCCCCGCCUACCCACCCGAGCACCGUGACCCCCGCUGAACUAACGUGUACGCCGGAAACGGAGUUCAGCUUCCUGCCCACGGCGGCGCAGUUUGGUUCAUCGCGGCACAGUCACAUGACAUUUCGGGUGGAGCCGGCCGCCGUGCGCAAGAGCGCGUCGCUGCGGUUGUCGCUUCGAACUCGAGCUCGGGACGGGUUGCUGCUGCUCCUGUCCGACGGUCGCCAGAUGGACUUCGCCGUACUGCGGCUGGCGGGCGGGCGGCCGCUGAUGUCGGCGGAUCUCGGGAAGGGCGUCGCCACCGCCGCCUCCUCGGUCGCCGUCGACGACGGAAAAUGGCACACGGUGAGCGCGGACGUCGGGCGGCGCUCCGUCUCAGUCUCCGUGGACGCCUCGGCUCCGGACGUGGCGACGGUCAGAGGGAACCAACUGGACGUCGACGGCCGACUGUACUUGGGCGGACUGCCGCGUGCGCACGAGGGCCGGAGAAUAAAUGUGACGGCGAGUUUCCCGGGUUGCGUUCACUCCGUGAGUCUGAACGGGGCGAUGCUGGAUCUCUCGCGACCGGACUCGCGACACGACGUGGCGUCCUGUUUCAGGAGGGACGAGGCGGGGAGUUAUUUCAACGGCAGCGGAUACGCUGUACUGAUGCGGGACGGUUACAAGGUGGGCUCCGACCUGUCCGUGUCGCUGGAGUUUCGCACCGGCCAAUCGCAAGGCGUCUUCCUCGGCAUCAGCAGUGCCAAAGUGGAUGCCAUUGGACUGGAGAUGAUCCGAGGACAGGUGGUGUUUAACGUGAAUAACGGGGCAGGAAGAGUUCGAAUGGCUUCCGGCGGUCCGGCGCUGUGCGACGGACGCUGGCACCGCCUGCUGGCACGAAAGACCAAGCACACCCUUACUCUGAGCGUGGACGGGAGGUUCAGCUCCAUUCCAAAUCCCUACCCGCAAUCCACCUCGGCCGAGACCAAUAACCCCGUGUACGUGGGCGGCUACCCAGACGGAAUCAAACAGAAUUGCCUGUCGAUUAACACGGCCUUCAGAGGUUGCCUGAGGAACGUCCAUCUGGUCAAGUCUCACCUCGACAGCCAUCUCGACAUGAGCCGAGCCCACUUUUCAUCGGGGGUCACGCCUAACUCGUGUCCUGCCGUCUAG